GCGGGGCGGGUGGCUGCAGACAGGCGGGUCGGGCUGACGCGCCGCGCUUGCUCCGCGCUCCGCGCUCGGCUCUGCGAGCAAGGGCCGCGAUCCCCGCCGCCCCAUGGCCGGGUUGCGCGAUCGCCUGCCCAGCCUGAUGCCCGCCAUCCGCUCCCUGCUCUACUGGUCCCUGGUCUACUGCUACUGCGGGCUGUGCGCCUCGAUCCACCUGCUCAAACUUUUGUGGAGCAUCAGCAAGGGACCGGCGCAGACCUUCCGCCGGGUGGCCCGGGAAAACCCUCCCGCGUGCCUGAACGACCCCUCCCUGGGUACCCACUGCUACGUGCGGAUCAAGGAUUCGGGGUUAAGAUUUCACUAUGUUGCUGCAGGGGAAAGAGGCAAACCACUCAUGUUGCUGCUUCAUGGAUUUCCAGAGUUCUGGUAUUCUUGGCGUCAUCAACUGAGAGAAUUUAAAAGUGAAUACAGAGUUGUUGCGCUGGAUUUGAGAGGCUAUGGAGAAACAGAUGCUCCUGUUCAUCAAGAGAAUUAUAAACUGGACUGUCUAAUUACAGAUAUAAAGGAUAUUUUAGACUCCUUGGGGUAUAGCAAAUGUGUUCUGAUUGGCCAUGACUGGGGAGGCAUGAUUGCCUGGCUAAUUUCCAUCUGUUAUCCUGAAAUGGUGAUAAAGCUUAUUGUUAUUAACUUCCCUCAUCCGAAUGUAUUUACAGACUAUAUUUUACGACACCCUGCCCAGCUGUUGAAAUCUAGCUUUUAUUACUUCUUCCAAAUACCACGGUUUCCAGAAUUUAUGUUCUCAAUAAAUGACUUCAAGGCAUUGAAACACCUAUUUACAAGUCAGAGCACCGGCAUUGGAAGGAAAGGAUGCCGACUGACAACAGAAGAUCUUGAAGCUUACGUUUAUGUCUUUUCUCAGCCUGGAGCACUAAGUGGUCCAAUUAACCAUUAUCGAAACAUUUUCAGCUGCCUGCCUCUCAAACAUCACAUGGUGACUACUCCGACACUACUCCUGUGGGGAGAGAAGGAUGCAUUUAUGGAGGUUGAGAUGGCUGAAGUUACAAAGAUUUAUGUUAAAAACUAUUUCCGACUCACCAUUUUGUCAGAAGCUAGCCAUUGGCUUCAGCAAGACCAACCUGACAUAGUGAACAAGUUGAUAUGGACAUUUCUAAAAGAAGAAACAAGAAAAAGAGACUGACUUUUCUUUAUCUUCUAUGAGGAAUCUAUGAUGGAAUCUCUGAAUACUUAAAAAAAUUUGUUCAUCUGUUUAUGUUUCAUCAGGAAAAAAUUUGUUUUAAUAUCUGUGAUCAUAAAUAAAUAUAGUGACAAAUGGUAUGGAAAAA